UACAUUUGCAUUCUCUCUCUCUCUCUCUCUCUCUCUCUCUCUAUAUAUAUAUAUACUACUAUCGUCUGAACAAUUCAAUAAAUGGCUAUGCGGGCAACAGGCGGCGGCGGAGGAUCUGUUCGGAACCGCAGACGCGGCGUAGUUCAGGCGGUGUACGAGGAUUUUAAGCCCAACUCAGAAUGGCAAGAAGAAGAUCACUUCUAUGUCCUCAAAGUUAAUCUCCCAGGGUUUAUGAAGGAGCAAAUAAAGGUGUCGACGCGAGGACGGAAUAGGAUCAUAGUUGGCGGGGAACGCCUCGUCGUUGGCAAUAAGUGGAGCCAAUUUAGCGAGGAGUUUGUGGCUCCCGGAGACGACGUGAAAUCAGUUCAAGUCAAGUUUGAAGGAGGAAUUCUUACCAUUAAGGUUCCAAAAGAGGAGGAACCUUCGAAUUCAUAUCCAUAUUCACAAUCAAAUGAAAUAAUUCUCGACGAGGAUGAUGAUGAUGAUGAUGAUCAUGCCAAAGCAGACAAGCCGCGGACACUAUCCAUUGAUCCUAAAGAGGAUUUAAACGAUGAUGAUCAUCAUGCAGAAAAAGCAAAGAAAGAGUAUUUAAAUGAUCAUGAUAUUGCCAUGAAAGAGAGACAUGAUCAUGAGAUGCUGCAGAAAGAGUUUGGGGAUCAGCAGCUCAAUCAAGAAAGAAAUCUCUUAGCAGACGAAGACGAAGAAGAUUUAUGCGAAGAGAUCAGACAUGAAGCAUUAGUGCAAACGGGCCUUGAAGAGCUCCAUCAAGAAAGAAAAUGGGAUUUAAAUGUUUACGCCACGACAAAAGAUGGACAUGAGAUGUCGCAAAAUGGGUUUGCAGAGCAUAAAGAAGGACCAAGGAAUUUCUCGGCCGGGAUUGUCGUUGCUGCUGCUCUAAUUGCUUACGCAAUGUACAAAUAUACAUCUGUUAAGGUUGCCGGGAUUAUCAUAUUUGCGAUAAUUGCUUCACGUUAAUUUUUUCUAUUUUUUUUUAUAACGUGAAAACUGUAUAAGUUAUACUAAUCUUAUACAGUAUUUGAUUGUAUAAUAUAUAGGAAGGAGGGUCAUGUGGUCGUGUAUUGCAGCAUCUAUGGGGUGAUUUUUAUUUUUUUGGAUGUAAUUAAUACAUUUUUUGAA